CGAUUCCCGACCUCACCACCAUCACCACCACCACCGUCUUCUUUCUCCUCCCACCUUGUCGCGAACCCGUCCGACCCCGCGACUCCCGCCGACAUUGCCCACCAUGUCCGGCGCCCGCGAGACGAUCAACCUCGACACCCUCGAGCCGCAGCAGCUCGCGCAGGUCAAGAAGCAGCUCGACGAGGAGCUCGAGCACCUCACCUCGUCCUUUGGACAGCUACACGGCGCGCAGAACAAGUUCAGGGACUGCCUGCGCUGCGUCAACAGCCGCUCCGCCGCCACAGCCGCGCAAAACUCGGUCCUGGUCCCCCUGACCAACUCCCUCUACGUCCGCGGCGAACUCACAGACACCGAGAGCGUGCUGGUGGACGUGGGCACGGGCUUUCUCGUCGAAAAGAAGUUGAAAUCAGCCGAGCAAUUCUACGAUGGCAAGGUGCAGGAGCUCGCGAACAAUCUGAAGGAGCUUGAGGCGAUCGUAUCACAAAAACAGGCCAACGUGAGGGCGGUAGAAGAAGUAUUACGACAAAAGCUCAUGGCUGCUCAGGGAUCGCAGGCUUAGAUGGCUGGGCCACGGCUGAGGGAAUCGACAGAGCACGGCAUACGCAGCGAUAAUAAAAGUCCUAUUCAUAUUCGGCACCACGCCAAUCGAUCACAGACCGCGCGAGCUUCCUUCUGCUAAACCAUCUCAGUUACGGACGCCCUAACGCGACCUAAAGUUCACGUCGUCCAGUGCAGACUGAAUCUCGACAAUAUACUCGAGAAACGCCGUGAACCGCUCCUCGAGGCUCUGGUCGGCUCCUGGCCAGAUUCUCUCCAGCUCCGCACCCCAAUCCUUCCGACUUUGGCCAGGGCUGACGUUGUUGAUGGCCUCAUCCCAGCCCCGACAAUAAAAUUCCAGACCCCACCAUGUUUCCGCGUUGGAGACCGUCCUCAGUCCUUGCCACUGCUUCGUUACGCUGACCUCGAUGUCGAAUGGAGUACCCCUGAACGGCACGAUGAUGGAGGUUUUGAGCGUAGUCUUGUCAAUCCGGUCGGAUCCCAAGUGCCCGGCCAAGAGGCGUGGUGGACAGAGGGAGUAUCCAUCAUCCACCCCAGUCUUGUCCGGGAUCAGAACGAUGCUCUGCAUCAGCUUCAGGAGGCUGUCUGGAAUGGUGGCCUUG